CAUACUGCACGGCAGGCCGGUCGAACGCCACAUCAGUUCUAAAUUUAAUUAACAAAAACUGGGCUAAAACCAUCAAGAGCUGGUGAAAAGUGUAUUUACUUAAGAAGGAAAGCUUUUAGUUCUUCUCCCUCGGCCGAUCCGUAAUGUACGUUGUGAAAACCCCGUAGAAAACGAGUGGAAACAAUGUUACGUGCCUUGGUUUUGUGUGUGUCUGUGGUGCUCCUAGCAUCAUUCGCACCGGUUUCUGCUGAAUCGAGUCAGAGCUAUCCAAUCACCACCCUGAUCAAUGCCAAGUGGACACAGACGCCUUUGUAUUUGGAGAUUGCCGAAUAUCUUGCCGAUGAGCAGGCGGGUCUCUUUUGGGACUACGUUAAGGGAGUAACCAAAUUGGACACGGCUCUGAAUGAAUAUGAUACCGAGUCGCAACAGUACAAUGCCGCUUUGGAGCUGGUCAAGAAUCAUGUGAGUUCGCCCCAGCUGCCGCUGCUCAAGUUGGUGGUAUCCAUGCACAGUUUGACGCCUAGGAUCCAGACCCACUUCCAGUUGGCCGAUGAGCUGAGGAGCAGUGGAUCGUGUCAGGGCUUCACCUUUGCCCAAGUGGGUUCCGAAUUGGCCUGCAGUUUCAACGAGCUGCAGGAGAAACUGAAUCUUCCGUUGGCUAAGGAGAGUUUGGAUGGCGCCGCUGUCACCUACAGCUUCGACCACAUUUUUCCCGGCAGUGAGAAUAAUACCCGCACUGUGGUUUUGUACGGCGAUUUGGGCAGCUCUCAAUUUCGCACCUAUCACAAGUUAUUGGAAAAGGAGGCAAACGCUGGCAAGAUUCGUUACAUCUUGCGCCAUCAGUUGGCCAAGAAGGACAAGCGACCGGUUCGACUUUCAGGUUAUGGAGUGGAACUCCACCUGAAGUCGACCGAGUACAAGAGUCAGGAUGAUGCACCCAAGCCCGAAGCAGGCUCUUCUUCUGAUGAGGAUCUGGGUAAUGAAUCCGAUGUCCAGGGCUUUGACUUCAAGGUACUUAAGCAGAAACACCCUACACUAAAAAGAGCACUGGACCAAUUGCGUCAAAGGCUCCUUCAGGGAAACGAUGAGAUUGCCCAACUGAAAGCCUGGGAGUUCCAGGACUUGGGUCUCCAGGCAGCCGCUGCCAUUGCAGAAAUUCAAGGAGACGAGACUUUGCAGAUUCUGCAAUACACUGCCCACAAUUUCCCUAUGUUGGCCAGAACCCUGCUUGCACACAAAGUUACGGAUGGCCUGAGAGCGGAGGUUAAGCACAACACGGAAGCGUUUGGGAGAAGUUUAAAUGUGGCGCCUCCAGAUGGUGCCCUCUUCAUCAACGGACUGUUCUUUGAUGCGGACACCAUGGAUCUAUACUCCCUGAUUGAGACCCUGCGUUCGGAGAUGCGUGUUCUCGAAAGCCUGCACAGCAACAACGUGAGGGGCAGUCUGGCCAGUUCACUUCUAGCCUUGGAUCUUACCGCCUCCAGCAAAAAAGAGUUCGCUAUCGACAUUCGCGACACUGCUGUGCAGUGGGUUAACGAUAUUGAGAACGAUGCACAGUACAGAAGAUGGCCCUCCUCGGUGAUGGAUCUGUUGCGACCAACGUUUCCUGGCAUGCUGCGGAAUAUCCGAAAGAACGUGUUCAACUUGGUUUUAGUGGUAGACGCACUGCAGCCCACAGCAAGGAGUGUAAUUAAGCUUUCCGAAUCCUUUGUCAUUCAUCAAGCUCCAAUUCGAUUGGGUUUGGUGUUCGAUGCAAGGGAUGCCAACAAGGAUAAUGCCGAGGACUACAUUGCCAUAACGUGUGCCUUCAACUAUGUGAGUCAGAAGAAAGAUGCCCGAGCUGCAUUGAGCUUUUUAACGGACAUCUACGCAGCUGUGGGAGAGACCAAAGUGGUCACGAAAAAGGAUAUAGUAAAGCAACUGGCCAAGGAGUUUACUACCUUAAGCGUUGACAAAGCGGAGGAGUUCUUGGAGGAGGAUUCAACCUACGAUUACGGAAGAGAACUGGCUGCAGAGUUCAUUCAAAGACUGGGUUUCGGCGACAAGGGGCAACCUCAGGCUCUGCUGAACGGUGUCCCAAUGCCCAGCAAUGUUGUAACCGCAGAUAGUGACUUCGAGGAGGCCAUUUUCACUGAGAUCAUGACCCACACAGCCAACUUGCAAAAGGCAGUGUACAAAGGUGACCUGACGGAUAGCGAAGUUGCUAUUGACUACCUGAUGAAUCAACCACAUGUGAUGCCUAGGUUGAAUCAGAGGAUUCUCAGUCAGGAGGACGUGAAAUAUCUGGAUAUAAACGGAGUGGCCUACAAGAACCUGGGUAAUGUUGGUGUUUUAAACCGUCUCUCGAAUCGGGAUAUGACCGCAACGUUGAUGGAAAAUCUCAAAUACUUUGGAGGCAAGAAGUCCACAGAACUGAUUGGUCGAUCAUCACUGCAGUUCCUUACGAUUUGGGUGUUUGCCGACUUGGAGACUGAACAGGGCCGAGCCCUCCUAACUCAUGCUUUGGAAUACGUCCAGAGCGGAGAGAGUGUGCGGCUGGCUUUCAUACCAAACACUGAAAGCUCUUCCGGUUCGGACAGGAAAAACCUCAAUCGUCUGGUCUGGGCAGCCAUGCAGAGUCUGCCACCAACUCAAGCCACUGAGCAGGUCCUCAAGUGGCUGAAGAAACCAAAGGAGAAGAUUGAGACACCCUCUCAGUUGGAGGAUAUUCUUGGUUCCACAGAGCUGCACUUGAAGAUGUUGAGGGUAUAUUCGCAGCGUGUGCUGGGUCUCAAUAAGUCCCAGCGUUUGGUUAUUGGCAAUGGACGCCUCUAUGGCCCUCUGUCCUCGGAGGAAACCUUCGAUAGUGCCGACUUUGCCUUGUUGGCCAGGUUCAGUUCCCUGCAGUAUGGUGAUAAGGUCCGACAGGUCUUGAAGGAAUCUGCCCAAGAUGUCAGUGAAGAAUUUACUAGCGAUACGUUGCUUAAGUUGUAUGCAAGCUUGCUGCCCAGACAAACCAAAACGCGUUUCAAGCUGCCCACGGACUUGAGGUCCGAUCACUCGGUUGUGAAACUACCGCCCAAACAGGAGAAGCUUCCUCACUUUGACAUUGCUGCCGUUUUGGAUCCCGCUUCUCGCUCAGCCCAAAAACUAACGCCAAUACUGAUUUUGCUCCGUCAAGUGCUUAACUGCCAACUGAACCUGUAUCUGAUUCCAGUGCCCCAGCACAGCGACAUGCCGGUGAAGAACUUUUAUAGGUACGUUGUAGAACCCGAAGUUCAGUUCGAGGCGAAUGGCGGUAGAUCCGAGGGUCCGUUGGCCAAAUUCAGUGGGUUGCCCGCCAAUCCCUUGCUGACUCAGCAAUUGCAGGUUCCAGAAAACUGGUUGGUAGAAGCUGUACGGGCAGUAUACGACUUGGAUAACAUUAAGUUGGCCGACAUCGGAGGGCCCGUGCACAGCGAAUUCGAUUUGGAGUAUCUGCUGUUGGAGGGUCACUGCUUUGAUGCUUCUAGUGGAGCGCCGCCCAGAGGACUGCAGUUGGUUUUGGGCACACAAAGUCAGCCCAUCCUAGUGGACACCAUUGUGAUGGCUAACUUGGGCUAUUUCCAACUGAAAGCCAAUCCGGGGGCUUGGUCACUCCGCCUUCGUGAUGGAAAGUCCACCGAUAUUUAUGCAAUAAGUCACAUUGAGGGACCCAAUACCCAUCACUCCGCUGGAUCAACUGAUGUUCAAGUUCUCAUAACCUCCCUUCGUUCCCAUGUAGUAAAAUUGAGGGUAUCCAAGAAGCCAGGAAUGCAGCAGGCGGAACUCCUGGCGGAUGACAAUGAGCAGGCAGCGCAAUCUGGCAUUUGGAAUAGCAUAGCCAGCAGUUUUGGUGGCAGCAAUGCCAACCAACCAGCCGCUGAUGAGGACACGGAAACGAUUAACAUUUUCUCUGUGGCAUCGGGACAUCUUUACGAACGACUGCUGCGGAUCAUGAUGGUUUCCCUGCUGAAGCACACAAAAUCUCCCGUAAAGUUCUGGUUCUUGAAGAACUACCUAUCGCCGCAAUUCACUGACUUCCUGCCCCACAUGGCCAGUGAGUACAACUUCCAGUACGAGUUGGUCCAAUACAAAUGGCCACGUUGGCUGCACCAGCAAACGGAAAAGCAGAGGACCAUUUGGGGCUACAAGAUCCUGUUCCUAGACGUGCUCUUCCCUUUGAACGUGAGAAAAAUCAUUUUCGUGGAUGCUGACGCCAUUGUAAGGACCGAUAUAAAGGAGCUGUAUGACUUGGACCUCGGAGGAGCGCCCUAUGCCUACACACCCUUCUGCGAUUCGCGCAAGGAGAUGGAGGGCUUCCGUUUCUGGAAGCAAGGCUACUGGCGCAGCCAUUUGAUGGGCAGGCGAUACCACAUUUCGGCUCUGUACGUGGUGGACUUGAAGAGAUUCCGCAAGAUUGCAGCAGGAGAUCGACUGAGAGGUCAAUACCAGGCACUCAGCCAGGAUCCAAACAGCUUGUCAAACCUGGAUCAGGACCUGCCCAACAACAUGAUUCACCAGGUGGCCAUCAAGUCCCUGCCCGACGAUUGGCUGUGGUGCCAGACGUGGUGCAGUGACAGCAACUUCAAGAGUGCCAAGGUGAUCGAUCUGUGCAACAACCCGCAGACCAAGGAGGCCAAACUGACCGCCGCUCAAAGGAUUGUGCCCGAGUGGAAGGACUACGAUGCUGAGCUGAAGACCCUGUUGGCUCGCAUCGAGGAUCACGAGAAUGCGCAUGGCAGGGACUCUACUGUUGAUGAUUCAGAUGCCGAACCCGCAGGAGUCACCACUGUGACGCCUUCUCAUGAGCCUAAGCACGGCGAGCUGUGAUCAACGCGUAGUUAAAUCAACCUGUUUAGUGAAUUUAAGUCAGAUAUCGAUGGAUACACACUUGAUUACUUAGCUAAGACCCAUCCCCCGACACAAUGACUAAACACAUUUGUACAUUUUAAUUAGAACUUAAUGCGUUUGAUACCGUAAACAACUAAAACAGCUCACUCAAGUCUGAAUUGUUCUUAAAUUCGAUUCACAAGAUUUUCUUGUCUUGCAUUCCAAGAGCUUUGGUCCCUAUUAAAUUAAGCUGAAAUUGAAUGUCAUUAAACUAUAUACACAGAGAAGAAUCCUUUAUGUUGAAAAGUUUUUCAAAUGUAUUAAAAGUUGGAGCAAAUAGUCAGUAAUACGGCGUAUUUUAUUCAAAAUGUAUUUAGGAAGGUCGGGCAUCUUCCUCCCAAAAAAGCCGAAGAGCUUUUGCAUACUUAAGCUAGGUGGCAACGCUAAAUUCAAAAAAUAAAUUUACAAAAACUCAGUA